GCCAAUUCCUCUUGCACCUCUGCCGAUUUCCCGACUACCUCAGUGCCAAUCACCCGCAUGCCAUCCGUCACUGUCGUAGUCAGCUACCCCUCCAACCACCCCGAAACAGGGGAGCCGCUCAAGUUCGAUAUGUCUUAUUACAUUACGACCCAUUUGCCAAUGAUCGAGAAGGCCUGGGCUCCCUACGGACUUCAAUCGUGGCACGUCAACGAGUUCCAGAAUCCAUGUCCGUUGUCCGGUCAAACGCCGCCAUACCUGGUGCAGACGACGUGCUAUUUCGAUACGCUGGAGAACUUCAAGCUGGCGCUGCAGAAUGGAAGCGAGGAGGCAAAGGCGGAUGUGGAGAAGUUUUCGAAUGUGUUUCCGGCGAUGUGGGUGGGGGAGCAGGUCAAAACAGGGACGCUGAAGAUGUAAGGACCCUCGGGGAGUGAGGGAGCUCCCCGUCCCCUGUUCUCAUGCUAGAGCAGACUGCUCUGGUAAUGCUGGAGAUUGCAUGGCUCGCAUACUGGAUACAAAGAUGGCUUAGCGGUCGAUGCACAUGGAGAGUUGUACUUGCGUUGUUCCCUGAAAGCUUAUAACGCUUAUUGGCGAAUACCUC